UUUGCAGAAAAGCUUGUGACAGCUUCUGGAGUUGACCAAGAAAAUGAUAAUUUUGCCCUUUUCCAAUUUCAACAUUUACACUUAUAUCCCCGACCCUCCUCUUCUCCUUCAACGAAUCUCUCUUCUCCCACACCAUUUGUGCCUCCUCCAUACUGCCAUCGCCGAAUCUCCUCCCACAACGGUCGCCAUCGCCGCCCAUCGCUGCCCAGCGCCGCCUCCUGCUUCCAGCGCCGAAAGCCACCAUUGCUGCCCAGUCUGCUUCCAGCGCUGCAAACCACCAUCGCCGCCUCCUGCUUCCAGAUCCGCCAUCAUCGUUGCCGUCGCCCGGGAUCUCCUCUUUGGUCGCCUCUGCUGCCGCCUCUUGCUUCCAGCUCUGCUUUCGCCGUUGCCGUUGCUAUUGCUUUCAUUGCUGAUCGGGGUUUUAUGAUGUCUCUUCUUCUCCCAAGCGAUGGUAACAGCAGCAGCAGCCGUCAUCGACUGCCUAUUCCUUGUUAUUCCUCUCUUUCAGGUUUCUGUGACCCUGGAAUCAAAGUAACAACAGGAGCUAAUACUGUUUCUCUAUGCUAUGAGGAAACUAAAGAAAGAAUUCGGAAACUAUUCGAUAAGGUUCAGCUUUCUGUUUCUUCCUAUGACACUGCUUGGGUGGCAUUGGUCCCUUCUCCAAAUUUCUCUGACACACCUUGUUUCCCGGAGUGUAUUGAUUGGUUACUGAACAAUCAACUCAGCGAUGGUUCAUGGGGCCUUCCUAAUCACAACCCCUUAUUGAUUAAAGAUGCUCUGUCAUCUACAUUAGCAUCUGUCCUAGCACUUAAGCGAUGGUGUGUUGGUGAAGAGCAAAUCAACAAAGGUCUACACUUUAUUGAGUUGAAUGCCACUUCAGCUGCUGAUGAGAAUCAACAUUCUCCAACUGGAUUUGACAUAAUAUUCCCUGGAAUGCUAGAGUAUGCUAAAGAUUUAGGUCUGAACCUCCCCUUUGAAUCAAAAGAUUUAAAUCUUAUGCUUGAGAGGAGAGAGUUAGAUGUCAAAAGAAGCCGCUCAGAAGGAAGGACAGCCUACUUAGCAUAUAUGUCAGAAGGCAUUGGAAAGUUGCAGGACUGGGACAUGGCCAUGAAAUAUCAGAGGAAGAAUGGCUCCCUGUUUAAUUCUCCAUCAACCACAGCAGCUGCUUUCUUGCACCUUCAUAAUGCUGAUUGCCUCAAUUACCUGCAUAUGCUCCUGGAGAAGUUUGGGAAUGCUGUUCCAACAGUUUACCCCUUGGAUAUAUAUGCUCGCCUUUGCAUGAUUGACAGCCUUGAGAGAUUGGGAAUUGACCGGUAUUUUAGGCAGGAAAUUAGAAGUGUGUUGGAUGAAACAUACAGAAGUUGGUUGCAGGGGGAGGAACAGAUAUUCCUGGACACUGCCACUUGUGCUAUGGCAUUUCGGAUACUCCGUCUUAAUGGGUAUAAUGUCUCUUCAGAUCCCUUAACAAAAAUAACAAAGGGAGAGCAUGUCAACUUUCCUUCUGGACACCUAGGGGAUAUUGGCGGUGUGCUUGAGUUAUAUAGGGCUUCACAGAUCAUGAUCCAUCCAGAUGAAUCAACCUUAGAGAAGGAACUCUCGUGGUCUACUCAUUUCCUGAAAGAGAAAUCAUACAACCAUAGAAUUAAUUCAGAUAUAGUCAAUGAAUAUGUUAUCCAAGAGGUGGAUGAUGCCCUUCACUAUCCCUUCCAUGCAAAUUUAGACCGUGUGGCAAACAGAAGAAACAUAAAGCAUUAUGAUAUAGAUGGUUCAAGCAUUCUUAAGACUUUGUAUUGCUCAACGAAUAUUAGAAAUGAAGAUUUCCUAAAACUGGCAGUGGAAGACUUUAAUAUUUGCCAAUCUAUUCACCGUGAAGAACUUGAAGUUCUGGAGAGGUGGGUUGUAGAUAACAGAUUAGAUAAGUUAAAGUUUGCCAGGCAGAAGUCAGCAUACUGUUACUUCUCAGCUGCAGCAGCUCUUUUCUCUCCUGAACUAUCUGAUUCUCGCAUGUCAUGGGCCAAAAAUGGUGUGCUCACAACAGUGGUUGAUGACUUCUUUGAUAUUGGUGGUUCUAUAGAGGAAUUAGAGAACCUAAUUCAAUUGGUUGAAAAAUGGGAUGUAGAUAUGGCUGUUGAUUGUUGUUCUGAGCAUGUUCAGAUCAUAUUUUCUGCACUUCACAUCACAAUUUGUGAGAUUGGAGCCAAGGCAUUCCAAUUUCAGGGGCGCUCUGUGACAAGCCACAUGAUUGACAUUUGGUUGAAUUUGCUUAGAUCUAUGCUGAAGGAAGCUAUAUGGAUUAGAGACAAGACGGUGCCAACAAUGUAUGAAUACAUGACCAAUUCCUUUGUAUCCUUUGCCUUGGGGCCAAUUGUCCUCCCAGCUCUUUACUUUGUUGGGCCUAUACUGUCCAUGGAGGCUGUUUCCAGUCACGAAUACCAAAACCUCUUUAAACUUGUGAGCACUUGUGGGCGUCUUCUCAACGACAUCCACGGCUUUGAGAGGGAAUCCCGGCAAGGUAAACUGAAUGCUGUAUCAUUGCACAUGGCUCAUGGCUGUGGGGCGAUUACUACAGAAGAAAGCAUUGGAGAGGUGAAGACUUCUAUUAUCUAUCAGAGGAAACAACUGCUGAGAUUAGUUUUGCAGGAAAAGGGCAGCCUUAUUCCGCGAGCAUGCAAGGAUUUGUUCUGGAAAAUGAGUCAAGUAUUGCAUUUGUUUUACAUGAAGGACGAUGGCUUCACUUCUCAUGAGAUGAUCAAUUCUGUCAAAGCAAUCAUUCAUGAACCAAUUCCAUCGCUGAAUUGUAGGGCGGGCGGCAAAGCUGCGGUAGAGACCUCCAGUUUUCUAACUGCUGGUUAAAUGUUUUCCCCUUGGUAUGAAGUAAGUUCACGUGGCUGGGGAAAGAAUAAGGUCUUGUAACUCUCUUGUUAUAUAAACUGGGAAGAAACUUGGCAGCUUAAUUAGAUCCAAAUUGUGUUCCUUUUCCUCUUUCUGACUCGAUCGGGGACUGUGGUAGUUUAUAGCGCUGUCUCUUGUUUGCAUGUGCUUCCACUCUUGUUAGAUGGAACCUGGUAAGCUCGUUGGCUCAGGGUAGGAAUCUAAUGGAGUCCCAGCCGCCAAGUAUAAGAGCAAUAAUGUUGCUGGAGUUCCAAAUUAAUCAUUUACUUCUAUGUUAGCAUUCUGAAAGCUGUGUUUUAAUGGUUUGGUGUAUCUUGAUAACUUUAUUAUUAUUGCAAUGUUCAUUAUUCUUGAAUGAA